UCCUCCUGACUGCAGUCUGCAUACAGUGCCACGCUGUUGCUGCUGCUGCUGCUGCUGCUGUGUGAUACGAGCAAGUGGGAGGACCAGCUCUCUCUGUAUUUCCUCAGAAAAAAAAUGACGAGACAUCUUCUCGGAGCUGCUGCAGCACGGGUGGAUUUGGCUACCAGACUCCUGCAUUGCACAAUCUCUCCCCUCUAGCUCCGGCAGAUUAAAUAGACAAAAAAGGGAGACGAGGAGAAGAGCUGCAGAAGGGAAAGGACGAGAGAGAAAAAAGGAGCCAUAGUGGUUUUGAGGGGGUGUGGAGGGUAAUAGGUUUGUUUUACUAAGGAGAAAGAGGGGGAGAGGUUGAAUGGCAGAGGGAGGCAGGGGUACACAGACGAUAGUGUGGGUUACACUGCAGUAGAAUGAGGGUAAGGGAGAAAGAGAGAGUCGAGAAGCAUUCGAGCUGCCAGCCUUUCAAACACCACUCAGGAUCCGUCGCUUUCUGAAGAGGCUCGAAGAGGAAUCCAACCGUGGAGGCGAGAAGGAGAAGGAGGAGGGGGGCCGAGGAGGAGGAAGCCAGAGGUUCAACACACAAGAUGGCUGCUGUGUCCUCUGCCUCUGACACUGGGGACCCCAGAAGCCGACAGCCCCCUGAGCGCAGACUCCUGAUCCUGGGGGGGCCUCAGUCCGGUAAGACCUCCACGGCCAACAGCAUCCUGGGAGAUGAAGUCUUCGAUGUUGCGACGGAGACGACCCACAGCAACGUGGGUCAGACGGAGAUCUACGGGCGGCGGGUCACCGUGGUGGACACCCCGCCAUGGGCCAUCCCCAGCGACCCAGCGGUGGAAAACACAGAACCCGACCCCGAAGAGAACGCCGGAGCCGAGUCGGAGAACCCGGCACUGCCUCCGCAGAGCCUGGACAGCGAGGGGCCCUGCAUGGGGGCCAUCCUCUGCCCUCCUGGACCCCACGCCAUCCUGCUGGUGGUGUCGGUCACCCAGCCCUUCACGGAGACCGAGAAGAGGGCAGCAGAUGAGCAGCUGGGGGCCCUGGGAGGAGGGACCUGGAGGUAUUCUAUGGUGGUCUUUACUGGGGUGGACAAGCUGCCUAAAGGGGUCUUCAUUGAGGAACACAUCGCCAACACUGGAGAGGCCCUGCAGUGGCUGGUGGAGAGAUGCGGUAGCAGGUAUCAUGCCUUUGAUAACACUCGUAAAGAAACCGAAGACAACACGCAGGUUCCCGAGCUGAUGGAAAAGGUUGAGGAAAUGAUCACUGACAACCAAGGCUGGUACUUUGAGGUGAACGAGUUGAUUUUACUGGAGGAAGAGCAGGCCCGACGAGCUCUGGAGGAGGAGACGAUGAGGAUGGAGGAACAUGCGAGGCAGAGGGAUCAGAUGAUCGGAGGACCUCCCAGAGAGUUAAGACUGCUCUUGUUGGGCUGGAAGGGCGUUGGAAAGAGUUCGGUUGGAAACUCCAUCCUGGGCCGUCGGUACUUUGAGUCGGGUCAGGAGACAGAGCUGUGCUUGAGGAGGCAGGCUCUCGUGUCCGGCCGUCGGAUCACAAUCGUCGACACCCCCGGCUGGGACUGGUUCUCGGUGAGGCGAACCCCGAAGCGCAUCCGGCAGGAGUCCCAGCGCGGAGCUGCCCUCCUGCGACCCGGACCCCACACCCUGCUGCUGGUGCUUCCCGUCGUAUCGUCCCUCACCGCCAGGAAGAGGCGGACACUCCUAUCCCACAUAGAGACUCUGUUUGGGGACAAUGCGUGCCUCCACACCAUGGUGCUGUUCAGUUGUGGUGAUUGGCUUGGCCGCACGCCCAUAGAGGAGCACAUUCUUAGAGGCGGGCGGGAGCUGCAAAGACUACUUGAAUUCUGCGGGAACUAUUACCACGUCCUGGACAGUAAGAUUCCUGGCAAGGACAGGAGUGUGUCAGUCCUACUGGAUAAGAUGGAGGAGAUGAUCAGAGAAAACGGGGACAAGGCCUUCCUCCCCAUACAGACCGAGUGGUUGAGUGAGGAGAGCUCUUACUCCUCUGACAACACGGAGCCUGAGGACGACUGUCGAGGAUGCCAGGUGCAGUGAUACCAUCGCACUCAAUGGAAAGUGGAAAGUCUCCAACAGGCCCAAACACCACCUCACGUAACUUAAACCUCAUCUCGAUAUCCUACUCCAAUUCCAAAGAGUUUAAGGGAAAACAAAUGGCUUGGAACGGGGAGUCUCCUCAAUAGUAGCUCUUUUGUUACAAAGACUGAAUUGAUCGCUAAGUAAAAGCUCUACCCGGACUGAAAGUGCAAAAUCUCCUCAAACCAAGAGGAGGAGAAAUAUUCAGCUUCUGCUUCAAGGGACCAGAGCCUGAUCCCUGUCCGCAAGCAUGUACACAGAUAUUUGCUGCUGCUUAAGAGACCCUGUUUCAACACUGCAGAAUAAAGAAUUACUCAUAAUCCCAACUAUGUCCUCAGAUUCAACUGAUACAAGUAAAUCAAAGCCAAAAAGACAAUAUUAUCAUGACCACUAAGAUUUGGCAGUAGGACUAAUGUCUGCACUAAGUUUGACUCUUUUGGUUGUUGAAAGACUAAGAGAGGGUUUGCACCUAAAGGCCUAGCUCCUCAAUCAAACCAUUGCAAGGAUAAGCCAUUGUUUCAAACUUCUAAAAGGUCAGUUAGCGUCCACAAAGGCGAAACUCAAACAGUCCAGAAGUUGUUAAAAGGUGAUGUAAAGGUUGUAUUCGAAUUGUUCAUACAGUUGCCUUGACUGUGUGACGUACUCUAUGCUGUGACUAGACUAUGUGGCUUAAGUAUCAAUUUGGUACAUUUUACUAAUUUAGAGGCUUUGUAGUUAGCUAGCUGGUUUUGCUAAUUUCACCAUGCUUUCAUGCGUCUCUGGCUUCAGAUAAUGAGCCAACAGUGGGGUGGAUUGUAAACGGUUAAUACGUCACCUCAUGCGAUAGGAAACUAUGGAGCAGCUGACUGCUAACCUUCGGGCAGUUUCCUACCGUUUUGCGCUAGCUAGCUAAAGUAUCACUUUGGUAAAUUGUACUAAUGUAAUGGCUGUGUAGUAAGCUAGCUGGUUUUGCUAAUUCAACUGAGCUUUCACGCUAAUCUGGCUACAUAAAAUGGGUCAAACUGUCUGCUGGGUUGUAAGCGGUCCAUCCGUCACUUCAUGCGCUAAAAAACUACGGAGCAGAGAACGACUUUCUUUCUGGCAGUUUACCGGGUUGCGCUAGCUAGCUAAUUAUGUGUAAUUUGUGGUCAGACAAACAGUAUAUUCAUCAAAUUCAGCGGUAGUAAAUGCGAAAAUAGGCUACUUGUUUACCAGUCAUCAAAACAGGAAAUAAAAUGUUUUUUUAUCCAAUGAAAUUGCACAUAAAGGUACGCUACCUGUAAUUGGUUUGAAAGGUGCAUACCAGAAAUAACCGCGGUUCGUCUGGGUCCGUCAAUAGACAGACCCAGACGAACCGCAUCAAGGUAGUUAACGCUACAUAUAUUUCACACUAGUUACCCCUUUCUACAUCAAGUGCCAUUAGUGUCAUUCACUUUGAAUUAGUUUGAAUCAAAAAGGGUUCAAUGGAAAUGGUUUGAGUGAAAGAGGACGAAAGAAUAUAAAUCCGAAAAAAAGAACAGUGUGACAAAAAAUUCAAAUGUUUACUGGAAUUUACAUUUUGAAUAGAAGAAAAAACUAAGGGAUUUAGACAUAAGCAAUAUUACAAAUGUGAUCAUUAACAUUUGAUUAGUUUCUGCUCAGGGAGUCAGGGUUAAAUUGCUUCCUCCAGGGCAAAAUCUGGUACAUUUACAGAAACGCUGAUUAACGCUAAACGCAAAACUGCAGACGUAAGUCACAUAUUAAUUCAGAGUGGAGUCUUUUCUCUGAGUAUCUGCUGUAGUUUGCUGGAAGUAAAAGAGAGUCUGUGUUUGCGCUUAGGUUGUAAUUGGUUCCUUUGGUUCUUGGAAAAAACAAUAUUCCAUCUUCGUAAAUCACUCUGAGCCCACCUCUGCUGUAGCGUUCAUGCUGGACAGUUCCAGGAGAGGCUGAAUUGAAACUGUGUGCAGUCUCAGAUCCCUGCGGAGCAACUUUGGGCUGGCUCUGCUUCACUGUUUUUUGGUCAUCCUGCGUCCAAUACAUUUAUCGACAAGGCAGAUUCAGCUACGUGCCUCAGCAUCAAAGCGGGAGAGUGGGAGUACUGUGCAGCCAUGCGGCAGGGCAGUAUCCUAUAGGCUUCAUCAAGCUUUCGCAUGCUACAGAAACAACAUAACCUCAUGAACCAUUUGAGCUCACAUAGGGCUUUUACUACCUUUUUCUACAUCAGUGAGACAUCUAAAAAAAGUGAUGUUUUGAAAAAAAAAAAAAAUGAUAUAUACUCAGCUCUCAGCGGCAUGUUAAGACAAUGCAUGCAGAUAACUGGGUGCCUAUAGAGUUGAAGGCAACCUCACUUCGUAUUCCUCUGACUCUUGCUAAAUCUAUGUGAAUUUCUGGCGUGUCAUUACAUCCCUCUACAGCAAAAUAAAAAAGAUAAAAGUGGACGAAAGAAAAUUCACACUCUGAAAGGUACAAAUAAAACCGUAUAUAUAAUAUGUGACCGAUACCACUGCCAUGCUGUAAAAUGUUUUUUUCUACAAAUGGUGUAGUCUAAAUAUAAAAAAAAAACCCUGACACUGCUUUCCCUGUGCUUUACUGACUCUGUGCUUCAUCUAGUGAUGUAGGCUACCGCAGCACUUUGUGUGUCUAGCAUGACUUUACAAUUUGAUAUGAGGAAAACAUUCAUUUGGAGUCUUAGAGUCCCACCUCACCUGUGAAUAUAUUGUAUAUGCCGUGGAUAUUUACAGUGUAAAACAUGUUAUGUUGUGCGGCUUUUUGCGAAGCAUUUUACACUGUGUAAGUUCUACCACUUUACUGUGGCCAAAGUGAUGUUACUUCCUGUGUUGUCCUUCCUAAAUGGUGAUUGCAACAUCAGUGUUUUGCUCAUCCUCAGACAAUAAAAGAUAUGGAUAUAUAUAA